AUGUGGGAUGGCUGUGCUGUGCCGACCAUCAAGCCCCCUCAUCUGGUUGUGGAGUACAGAGGCCCAGCCUCGGCCAUCUGCACCACUAACCAAUCUGUGGACAAUAUGAACUGGGAGGCAAAUGCUGGGGUGAGCAGGAAGAUUGACGAGCAGAGCAUGGUCUGGAGUGUCUCCAGCAUUCCGUGGGCAGUUGGAAAUGGAGUACAAUGCUACACAGAAACUGAUAUUCAGCAGUGUGUGCAGCAUCUACCCAUCACCAUUUACAAAAUUCCUGACAGCGUAAUCCUUUCCCGUAACGAGAGUGGUCCACUGAAGGAGAACCGCGAGUACACCUUGAGGUGUGAGGUUGAGAGCGUAGCUCCGGUCGAAAACCUUCAUAUCAUCUGGUACCGGGGAGACACUGUGAUGGCAACGUCAACCAACCAGAGCCUUUUCUCCACUGUGGCUAUGGGUUUCGGCCCAGAUGAUAAAUCCCAAGAUGUCACGGCUAGUUUGACCAUCACAGCCUCCAGGAAGCACCCCAACGCUACAUACAGCUGCGCAGCCAGGCUGAACCUGAAUGCAACUGUAGAGUCAAGCUGUAACAAUGAGACGUGCACCUACACAACCGAGGCCAUUGACGACACCAAGUCCAACGAUAUGCAGCUGAAAGUAUGGUACAAACCCAGAAUGCUGAACGUCACCGGCAAUGUGACCGCCAAGGCGGGCGACAAGCUGAUGUUAGCAUGUCGUGCUAAUGCUAACCCCACACCGUCCUAUCAGUGGAAGCACAACGGAGCGGCCCUGGCCAAUCAGAAAAGCAAUACCCUGCAGCUGGAUGCGAUUGGAGAAGCCAAUGGGGGUGUCUAUGAGUGCACGGCCACAAACACACAGGGAGAAGGCUCGGCUCGGAUCACUGUUACUGUGGAAACCCAGGAAAGUGGUACUACACUGCCCUCUAUUGUUCAACAAAUGGAACUACUCUGCCCCCUGUUGCCAACAUCCUUUGCAAGACCAGAGGGUCAUUCCAGGAACCAGGCCCAGUAAACCUGGG